GUCGGUUUUUGCGUCCUUUGUUGUUAGAACGGUUUGUUGUUGACUAUUAGUGCUAGUUGCAUCAAUAAAACAAUACAUUAAUGAAAUUUAUAUUUUCCCUGUAUUAAUUACACACGUCAAUGGGCAAAACGUAUUAUUGCGAUUAUUGCGACAGAACUUUUAAGGACGAUUACGAUGCGCGUAAAAAACAUCUGUCCAGUUUGCAGCACGCGAAAAAUCGAGCCGAUCACUACGCAAUAUACAAAGACCCGGAAACAAUAUUAAAAGAGGAAUCUGUGAAAACCCCGUGCAAACGUUAUAUGACAGUUGGAGAUUGCGCUUUUGGUAGCAGUUGUCGAUUUUCGCAUUACACGCCACCAAUGAUAUGGGAACUUCAACGGCUCGUUGCAAUCAAAAAUGACAAAGAAUCGUUACCUCAGCCAAAGAAUGGCUGGCCAAAUCCGGAUGAUAUUAUAAAAGAAUAUUUCGAAAACGCGAUGAUUGAUUUAAGCAGCACCGAGGAGACUAAUUAUCCGGUGUGGAGUACGUCAUCAAGAUUAGACGAUUAUUCUUAUUUACCGCCAUCUCUGCAGCCUGUCACGCCAGAAAAAAUGAUGGACAGCAAUUUUAGCAAAUGGGGAAGUUAAAUUGUACUUAGUGUGAAAUAUUAAAAAAAAUUAAAAAAAAUCUGAGAAUGCG